AAAUGCAAUAUCUUUCCUGCUGUAAAUAUACUAUAUAGACUAAGCCCAAUACCGCCUACCAAAUACUAUUAGAUCUGAAUGCUCGUGAUUCAACAUGUACUUCAAUUUUCUCGGAAGUUUAAAUAAAAUGUAAUAGUUAACCUACCUUUAAAAAUUGACAAAACUGUGCGUGUUGUGGUGAAAAGAAUAGAGGAAAUUAAACUAUAAGAAACGACGGCGUAAGAAAAGAAGUUUUCAAUAAACUUCUUGAUUUGGACUUUUCAAUCUUAGUAUCGACCGUUACCUGUGAGCCAGCGGCUGCUGAGGCGAGGACAUUGGUUCACUGACGCUAACAUCGGAGCGCUCGGCAUAACUCUCAGAACGGCCAGAUUCCUUGUUACCGCAUUGGAUUCAUUUUACACGGCAGCGGGGCUUAUUUAUGGUUCAGGGAAUAUUUAUAACACACAUAGGGUAAGACGACCGUCUGUACUGAGGAAGGAAAAUCGUCAUAAACCCGUGCGGAAAAAUUGCCCAGGAAGCUUUCCCAAUUAGAGGAACAAUCAGCAAGUCGAUAUUAAAAAAAAUUUGCUCAGUCAUUAGGCGGACUGGCGCGUUAACAAACCACUGUUGUACAAAUAGGAACCUUUGCUGCCUAAUGGAAUCCUUAACAAACUGAUGAACCUAUAUUGGAAGAAAAUUGCGAAUUAAAAAGAAAAGUUGGGUUAAUGAUCACGCCAGAAGAAAAGAAAUGUUUCCAUUGUGUAAAGUACCUGACAUUAAAUCAAGUGUUAGAAGAGCUAGGUUGUAGAUAAGCAUCGCUCUAUAAGUGAAACAAAGGAGAUAACUCUGCUGAAGAGGCUGAAGUGGUUCCUUCUGAUGAAAAUUAACGUCACCAGUAAUAUUCGACUGAAGUAAAAAGGCUUACCGCCGCCGCCGCUGAACUGAGAUACUCUGUUUGUUGUUAGCUAAUGAUGUUGAUGACGGAAUGUCCAACGAUUCACUUAGCACAUCCCCCAACUGUACCGCCGAGUUAGCCGACAAGGCGGGCCCGCCGCCCCACUAUAUCUAUGACACGCGUGUCCUGAUAGGACUGGUGCUGUCGUUAUUUCCGGUCCUGACUCUGAUCGGCAAUGUGUUGGUUAUCGUGGCCGUCUUCACCCACAAACGUCUGCGGACGAUCACCAAUGUCUUCGUCGUAUCCCUGUCCGUCGCCGACGCUCUAGUGGCCAUAUUGGUGAUGCCGUUUGCGGUGUACCUCCAAAUCAACAACAACCAGUGGGACCUAGGACCGACUAUUUGCACUAUCUACACGUGCUUUGACGUAAUGUCCACGACCUCUUCUAUCAUGCACUUGUCAUGUUUGGCCGUAGAUCGCUAUUUGGCCAUCUGUCGGCCAUUUCUCCACGAACGCCUCAACAACAAGAUCGUGGCGACUAUGGUCGCAUCUUGCUGGGUUCUCCCGGCCAUCAUUGCUUACAUCCCGAUCCUGAAGAAAUGGAACCACAUCGGGAUAGAGGACUAUAUCUACUGCUUAGGAGAUUCUGUCUGUGCACUGAUUGUUAACAUACCGUUUGCUAUCAUUUGUUCCACUAUAGCUUUCUACAUUCCCGCAGUGUUUAUGAUCAUUUCCAAUGUGAAGAUUUACCUCGCUGCUAGGACGCAGGCGCGCCAUAUUCGUAGUUUGGAGGCGUCCGUCCAUUGCAAGCGUAGGAACAGUAAGUUCAAGCACGAAACAAAGGCUGCUAAAACUAUAGGAAUCAUCAUGGGGUGUUUCUGUGUGUGCUGGUUUCCAUUUUUCAUCAUGAACAUAAUAGACCCUAUAAUUGGUCACAAGAUAGAGUACCUACCGUGGACUAUAGCCCUAUGGCUAGGGUAUCUGAACUCUAUGUUGAAUCCAUUUUUGUACUAUAACUUCAACAAGUCUUUCAAGACGGCGUUUCGGCGUAUUUUAACGUGUAAGUUGUGCCGGGGAGUGAGCGAGUGGGAGGACGAAAUGCCGGUCAGCAAUUCAGAGAUGAUGAUGAACAAUCAGCAUCAUCAUCACCACAGCCACACCGGAAACGGGUUCUCUAACUUACCGACCGAACUCUCUCACCUUAACGCUGGUACUAAUAUUAGUUCUAAUGUUAUAUGACGUCACAGAAAUGAAGGCAUUGUGAGACAAUUCAAUCUAUGAUAAAGAAUAUGACGUCAGACGUCACAUGGCGUAGCAGACGACGCAGCAGGAUUAUGUCCUUGAACGCAACGCACGGGCACGCCACGAUGAUCGAGCCAAAAAUGGCGUUCAGGCCAUGUUAAUAUUCACUUGGGAGAGAAAAUCAUUCAACUUGUCAUUUUUAUAAGCUGAGACUUGGAGUGAUUGGGCUAACAAACUCUUCACCAUCUUGUUAUAAUUUAACUUUGAUGCACUGUUUUAAAACAAAUCUUUAAUUGCUAUCAAAGGCUAUUGAUUUGAUAGACUGAUUUAAAUCAUGGAAUCAAUCUCCAAACCAACGCAAAAAAUUCAGACUUGGGAAAUUAAACAAUAUGCAUUCAGGUCGGCUGCUUUGUCAAAGAAUAACGUGCUUUCCGUCCAUUCUUUUUAAUGCUCAGUGCUUUGUUUUCGCUGAAACUACUAAAAACAAAGGAAAACAUGAUUUAUUUCACUAACUUUUAUUUUUUACUCGAACUUGCUCACGACAUCGAGUGAAUAUCUGAAGCUUUGUUGGACUUUGACCUCUGUUAGUUUGUUGAAGCUGACGAAAUACGCUGGAGUUUGUUUUGUCAUACCAUUAAUCUAUUAAUUCAUACAUUUAUUUAUUUUGAUUUAUACUUAAAUAAAAAGUUUACGUUUUUGAAAGAAUUGAUAAGAUAA